GUCGUAAGUUGACUUUGUCUUAAUUUUGAUAACAUUGUCUUGAGGCAAAUCACUUUGGAAAGCAUAUGAACAUGUAAGAACACUUUUGCUGUUAAGGACUGUUUCUAGUUUAUGCUUCCAUGGCCAAAAGAAAAACGUCCACUGCUGGAGAAAAGCCAUAUCAGUGCAAAACUUGUUACCAGUGUUUUGCAAAAAAAGGAAAUCUACAAAGACAUGAGAGAUCUCACACUAGUGGAAAGCCUUACCAGUGCAAAGCCUGUGACAAGUGCUUUCAUAGACAAGGAGAUCUAGAAGUCCAUGAGAGGUCGCACACUGGAGAGAAGCCAACCCACCGCAAAACUUGUGACAAGUGGUAUAAUAAAAGUGGAAGUCUACAAAUUCAUAAAAGAAUUCACACUGGAGUAAAGCCUUACAAGUGUAAAUCAUGCGACAAAUGGUUUACUCGGAAAGGAAAUCUGCAAGUACAUGAAAGAACGCACACUGGAGAGAAGCCAUACCAGUGCAAAACAUGUGAAAAGUGGUUUACUCAAAAAGGUCAUCUACAAAAGCAUGAAAGAUCACACACUGGAAAGAAGCCAUACCAGUGCAAAACUUGUAACAAGUGGUUUACUCGGAAAGGAAAUCUGCAAGUACAUGAAAGAUCUCACACUGGAGAGAGACUCUUUCAGUGCAAAACUUGUGAUAAGUGGUUUGCGCAAAAAGAAAAUCUAAAAGCACAUAUAAGAUGUCACACUGGAGAGAAGCCAUACCAGUGCAAAACUUGUGAUAAGCAGUUUAAUCAAAAAUCAAGUCUAGAAAUUCAUAAAAGAAUCCACACUGGAGUAAAGCCUUACAAGUGUAAAUCAUGUGAUAAGCAGUUUACUAUUAAAGGAAAUCUACAAGUACAUGAAAGAUCCCACACUGGAGAGAGACCAUUCCACUGCAAAACUUGUGGUAGGAGGUUUAAUCAAAAAGGAGGUCUACAAAGACAUGAAAGAACCCACACUGGAGAGAAGCCAUACCAGUGCAAAACGUGUGAUAAGUGGUUUGGUCAGAAAGGUCAUCUACAGAAGCAUGAAAGAUCACACAUUGGAGAGAAGCCAUGCCAGUGCAAAACAUUUAAAAAGUGGUUUACUCAAAAAGGUCAUCUACAAAAGCAUGAAAGAUCACACACUGGAGAGAAGCCAUACCAGUGCAAAACUUGUGACAAGCGGUUUGCUGGGAAACAAAAUCUGCAAAUACAUGAAAGAUCCCACACUAAAGAGAAGCCAUACCAUUGCGAAACCUGUGACAAGUGGUUUGCUCAAAAAAGAGAUCUACAAGUCCAUAAGAGAUCCCACACUGGAGAGAGGCCAUUCCACUGCAAAACUUGUGAUAGGAGGUUUAAUCAAAAAGGAGGUCUACAAAGACAUGAAAGAAUCCACACUGGAGAGAAGCCAUACCACUGCAAAACAUGUGAUAAAUGGUUUACCCAAAAAGAAGCUCUACAAGUCCAUGAGAGAUCCCACACUGGAGAGAAGCCAUACCAUUGCAAAACUUGUGACAAGUGGUUUGCUCAAAAGGGUCAUCUAACAGUACAUGAAAGAUGCCACACUGGAGAGAAGCCAUACCAGUGCAAAACAUGUGACAAGUGGUUUACACAAAAAGAAACUCUAAAAGCACAUAUGAGAUCUCAUACUGGAGAGAAGCCAUACCAGUGUAAGAUAUGUGAAAAGUUUUUUACUACUAGAAGAAGUUUGCGAAUGCAUGAAAGAUCACACACUCAAGAGAAGCCAUACCAGUGCAAAACGUGUAAUAAGCGGUUUUCUCAGAAAGGAAAUCUACAAGUACAUCAAAGAUCCCACACUGGAGAGAAGCCAUACCAUUGCAAAAGCUGUGACAAGUGGUUUAGUCAUAAAACAACUCUGAGAGUACAUGAAAGAUCCCACACUGGAGAGAGACCAUACCAGUGCAAAGCUUGUGACAAGUGGUUUACUCAGAAGGGAACACUACAAAGGCAUGAAAAAUUGCACUCUGGACAGCAGCCAUUUUCUUCAGAUUACGAUGAAACAUUUACUUGCUGGAUUUGCCAGGAGGAACUGAGCAGUGCUUCCCAGCUCGUUAACCACUAUGAUGAACACAUGAAGUUGCCUUGAUUUUAUUGUUGAUAAGUCUAUCUAAUUAAAGAUGAUAAAAAGUACAUGAAACGAGCAGAAAAGGGAAGCAGAUACAUCACAGAUAUAAAAUUUUGGCUGUACACUCUCUUUAGGUUAGACUGAAGCUAUAUUUUGGUGAAAAAAGCAAAGUUUUCUAUUUUCCUCUUCACGAAUUUCAAUAGAUUGUAGCCAGACUUGGUUUUUGGGUCAUUUACAAAUAGCAAUUAUUGAAACGAUGGCAGAUUUUGAAAGUACACGUCGAUAACGAGAGUAAGCUUGUUACAUGUUGGAGGAGAUCCAUGGUAAAAACCAGAGCAGCAGAAACAAAACAGUUUCUUUUUGAAGUAGCUUCAUUUUAAAGCUCUAAUUUGGAGAAAGCCUUUGAUUAUGUAAUUGUUGUGAGUUUUGCUUGUGACCUAUUAGUUCAGCCCACCAGACUGUUAAAAAUGAGGUACAGCUCAAAGUCUGCUGAAAUUCCUUUCACAUAUUUAGAGCUCGCUUUUCUUCUCAAAUCAAGCAAUAUAUACAAGGUCAGACAGAUAGGUGCUUUCAUUAUGUCUCGAGAAUGUGAUGAAUGUGAUAGAAUUGAAUGUUUCCAUUUGGAUUCAAACCUGCACAGUGUAACAUUGUGGCUACUCUCAUAACCUAGCAGCCAGAAAAAAAAAUGAUCAGGAUAAUUUUAUGUACCAGUUGCAUAAAACUAUUUAAAUGGACUCGUUGUUGAUGCAAUUCUUUCUAUAUGUCCUGACUUAGAUCAAAAUUUUCGUAUUUAAGCACUGGCCAGCAACUGGACUGUCUGGAAAUACCUUUGCUAAUGGCAAUUUUUAUGAUAAAACAUCUGUUGGAGUAUUACUGUUUCAAAUAAAUUUUA